GCGAAGCACCACCGAAGAAAGUGCAAUUUCGAUUCCAUUGAACAAGAAGAUCCCAACCAUGCACGUCGUCAAGGAGCUGCUCGACGACGACUUUGAAAACUACGUGCUAUCGACUGAGGCCAAGGCCACGUCUCGAGAUUGGCGCGCUACCCCCGCUCGGCGUGCCACCGGCCGCGACCAAGGAGCAAUGGCACGCCCGCAUCCCGCGCCAUGUCGGCCUAUCUCGUCAAUAGCCGCGGCGACGUUCUCCAUGCGACCACGGACCGCGACGGCCACCUCGCGACGCGCAAGGUAUUUGGCCUUCCGCACCUCGCCGAGGCGCACCCGGACACCCAGUAUGAAAACGCCUCGAUGGCCGCGAUCGCGCCGGACGCGCUUGUGCUCUCGGAUGGCACGGGCGAGCUCAUUGUGCUGAGCGGCGACGCCAUCAGCCCCUGGAGCAUCCGCUUCUCCGGCUCGCCGUUUGGCAAGCCAACCUCGUUGACGCUUCUCGAAGCGCGUCUCGAGAACGAGUACUUUGUCCACGGCGUCGCCUCGCAGCUGCUCUUUCCGACAAGCGCGGACGCAAGCGGCAGCACGUAUGCGAUCUCCGCCUUCUCGAUCAACUUGCAGAGCGGGUCGGUCACCACAACGCUCGUCUACACGGGCGGGAAGCCCCUCGGGUACGCCUCGUUCGCGUCGGCCACCGACGUGCUCUUGCUCGUCGAAGGGCCCCACGAGCUCAAAGUAUCGUUGCAGCAACCACCGCCGACGUUGUCACCCAUCGUGCACAAGCGACCGCACAGUGAUAGCGCCGACGACGACGCCGACGGCCCGGAGCUGCUCAAGUGCCCGCGCGCCGGCAUCGGAUUCGACGGCGUCCACCAGAGCCCGCACGUGCCCGCGUCAUCGCUAGGCCACGCGACAGACGCAACCAGUCUCUACGAUCGGUUUGUCACGUCGUCGACGCCGUUCAGCAGCAUGGAGACACCGACGUCGUCGGCCCCGGCGUCGGCGCCCGUACCGGACGAGAGCGCGCGGAUUGAGAUUCCGACGCCCGACUCGAUCCUCGGUGGCUUCGAAGAGUGCGACGACCUCGACCCGAACGCCACGGCGGUCUUGUACCGCUAUGACGUGGCGUCGCGGGCGUGUCUCGGGCGCCUCCCGAUCGACUGCCGGCGCUUCCACUUUCUCGGGUCCAGUGCGACGCCACUGCAGACGUCGGUGACGUCCCAUGUCCCGAAAACGCUCCUCUUCCAGUACGACGUGCACGGCGCUGUCUUCUCUGUGGGCGCCGACCUGCGCCACUUGGAGCUCCUCCAUGACGCCACGUUUCAGGCGCUGGCGUACGUCCAAGCGUCGAAGGAGCAGAAGAAGUACCUGCAGUUCCACCCAAGUGCGUCGCUCGCGGCCAUUGCCGAGUUUGAGAAGCGGCUGUUUGUGUACACAGGCCCGCAAGGCGGCGCUGGUCCGCACCGCCGACUGCACUACCUCGAGGAACUCGCGCUCAAGGCGCCAACGAUUUACGGGCUUCAGUUUCUCGACGCUUCGAGCCUUUUGCUGCUCACGCCGUCGGCGCUUCUCCGCGUCUCGAUCCCGUCGUCGUCGUCGCACUAAGCUCUUAUACUAACUAGUACUCGUUUUGUUUUUGCAA